UGGCAAAGCAGGGGACCCUCUGUAUCCCCUCCAAGCUGUGCCUGUGCAGCUGGUGGGAAUGGGAGGGACAUGGUCGGCUGGCACAGGUCCCUCCUGCGCAGCGCUCCUGUCAUGUGCUUCUGAACCCUCUGGUCUCAUUUCCAAAAAAGCAUUUCCUCCUGCUGUGGUCACAUAUAAAAGCCUGCCUGGGGAGGGCUGGUGCUCAUUCAUCGCACGUCGUGCAGCGGCAAUGGGGCGUGGGGGCACCCUGCCCUCACACUGAGCCUCCCGGCACCGGGGAACCUGCGCUCUGCUGUGCCCACCGCUGCCACCCGGCAUGACCCAGCUGCGCCAGCUGCAAGGAUGAAGUGCCCCUGCCCAGGGGCGGCCUCGGUGCUCCUGGCAGUGCUGUGGCUGCUGGCCAGUGGAACGCAGCCCCCAGGCUGCCAGGAGUGUGCCAUGCUACGCAGCCAGCAGGGCCCCGUGCUCCCACCCGCCCGCCCUAAGAGGUCCACUGUAAAGCCCUCCUGCCUCCCUGGGAUGAGCUGGAUCCAUUCAGCUGGUCGGUGCUGUACCCAGUGUCCCCCAGGGAUGUUUCUGCAGACCCCCUGCACGAGCCAUGGAAAUGACAACAUCUGCGCAGCCUGUUCCGCCGGCACCUUUCUCUCCCAUCCCAACACCCUCCGCAAGUGCAACGCUUGCUACACGUGUGACAAUCAAUCUUUCCAGACCGUGGUGAGCAACUGCUCAGCCACCAGCAACGUUGCCUGUGGCUGUGAGUCUGGCUACUUUCAAGAGUGCCAUAACAAAGAUGAAUCCUGCAGUGAAUUCUCCUGCAAGAAGUGCAAGACCUGCCCCGGGAGGCUGCUUCUGCAGCCCUGCUCAGAUAGGCAAGACGCGCAGUGCGGGAGCUGCAAGCCCGACUUCUACGCCGAGGGCAGUGAGUGCCGCCCAUGCCACAUGAGCAGCCCGGAGACGUGUGGCGAGGAGUGCCAGCAGGUGUGCGGCCACCAUGCCCGAGGCUCGGGGCUGGAGUACAUCCUGCUGGGCCUGACCGGGCCCCUCUUCCUGGGCGCCCUUGCCAUCUACCACAAGCGGAAGCGGCUCCAGAUGGAGACCCCGGCAGUCAGCCCUCUCCCCACGGUCCCACCCUGGGACUGCCCCAGCCCCACGGCCUGUAUGCACCCCAGCACCCAGAGGGCUACAACACCAGCAGUGGUGCAGUGCCAGGAGUGGGAGCCCAGCACCAGCACGGUGAGGAGGGGCUCUGAAUCCUUGGCCUUGCUGCACCAACAACCCAGCAGAGCAGCACUGCCCAAUGGCACCAUGGAGCCCUUGGUGCCCCAGGAGCCCAGCACAGCGCACAGCCCGGCCCCGUUGUCCAACAGCCCCCAGCGCUGCGCCCUGCUGCAGGGCAGCCAGCUCUACGCCGUCAUCAAUGCGGUGCCGGUGCGGCGCUGGAAGGAGUUCAUGCGAGUGCUGGAGCUGCGGGACACGGAGAUUGAGCUGGUGGAGAUGGAGGUGGCCCUGUUCCGUGACCAGCAGUACGAGAUGCUGAAGCGCUGGUGCCAGCAGACCAGUGCCACGCUCGACCGCAUCUUCGCCGCCCUGGAGCACAUGGACCUGUCGGGCUGUGCUGAGACGCUGCGCCAGAGCCUGGCACUGGGACCCUGAUUUCAUGUCCGCAACGCAGGGACACGGCCACACCGGCUGCCCCAGGGCCCCCCCAGCUGUGCUGUGCCCCCAUCGGCAAAGGGAGCGGAUCUGGCGCCACAGGGUGCCCUACCCCUAAGUAUUGUUACUUACGCUGUGUAGACAUUUUAUGUCAGUUAUCUGGACUGCUGGCUCAGGCUGCAGGAGCAGGGCAGAGCUCCCCUUCUGGGUCGCUCACCCACCCCUAUUUAUGUUCUCCUGCUCCUGGGACCCCGUGCUGCUCGCAGGACGAGCAGGCACCGAGCCCGCUGCCAACCCAUGGGAUAGUUCUCGAGGCCGCCCAGCUGGUGCACAUGGGCAGGCCUGCCCCCGCCCCAAUAAAGUGGUGUGUUCUCCACCCCUA